CUAUUAAUUCCACCACCACCUUAUUACUCCCCUUCGUCUUACUAACACUAACAUUAAUAUUACUAACACUAACUAAUACUACUAUUAACACCAGGAACGUUAUUGUGUUAAUCCUCCUCCUUCUUCAGCUUACGUCUAACACCAUCAACAAUAUUACUACCACUGAUACUAUUAUUAAUACAGUAAGCAAUAUCAUUAUUAUUAGUCCUCCUCCUCGUCUAAUACUACUAAUAUGUCCUACCACCAAUGUUACUAUUACAACUCCUACUGCUAGUUUAAGCGGAAGUAUCCAACAAAUAUUGUUGACAGCCGAAUCUACUUGUAACACUGGAAAACAAAGGUGUCUGGAGAGAAAGAUUGAGAGAAGAAAGAAGAGAAAAGGAGGGAAGCGUAGAAUCGCGUGUGUGACUUUACUACGACAUUACUAUAGUAGUAAAGUGAGGUUAUAUAAAUCACUACUCUUACUGCCACCUGAGUGGGCGCCUCCUCCUUUCACACUGAAGUAUAGCUAUUUAUGAUAAGGAUUAUUAAGCGGAGACGUUCUCUCAACUUCGCCUUCUCUCUUUCUCUCUCUCCACUCGAGUGUAACUUCUCCUCCUACUCGGUCAGUUGCCGACUACUACGUUUAGUGUUCAAACCUUUCCCGCAGAAGGAUUCGCUCAUAUACUAGCGCCAACGAUGCCUGGUGAUCAGAGAGAAGAUAGAAUUCCGUCCAACAUGAAGGACUUGCUCAAGUUUUGUAUGGAAAAUACGAAGGCAGAAGAUGCGCCCAGUGCAGGGGCAUCCCAAGUCAAUGAACUGGGAACAGAAGAUCGUGAAUGGCUGGAAGGAGCACUCAAUAGCUUGACUGAGAGUCCUGUUAGGCGUAUGAAAGAAUGUAUCCGUAUUCUAAAGUCUCCAAAUAGUGAAAAUGAAGAUGAUGACAAGGAGGCUGCUCUUGAAGAAUUGCUUGAAUGGUGUGAAUAUAUAGAUUUUGCAAUUGAUUUCUUUAAAAUUGGAGGUUUUGAGAUCCUGCCCAGUCUUCUUCAUGAUCCUAAUUCAGAAUUACGCUGGAGGACACUCGACCUUAUUGCAGCCCUUGUUCAAAAUAACCCAUUCUGUCAGAAGGCAGUAUUAGAUUCUGAGUUACUCAACACAAUGAUGGAUGUAUUGGACAAUGAUUCUACUACCAGUGUCCGUAUCAAGGCAUUGCAUGCUAUUUCAUGUUUAUGCCGAGAAGAACCAUCAGCACAAGAUAAUUUUAUCAAAAGAGAUGGGUUCUCUUACUUGAUGAGAGCUAUGCAAGCUGAUGUUGAAAAGCUCAAAAUAAAAUCUGCUUUCUUGUUGCGGAAUAUUGUUAACCAAAAGCCUGCAGUGAAAGGUUUUAAAAAUUUCGUAUCAAAAUUGAUGAACAGUAAAGUUGCUAGUUACAAAUGUUUGUUAGCUAUUCUUACUGAUCAUCCACGUUCUCUUGAAGACUGUAAACAACCACAGCUGGAAUUUAUUGAAAUCUUACAAGAAAAACUUAAAUCUCUACAUGGAAGAGAUGAAUUUAGAGAAGAGCUUCAGUACACGAAAAAUAUAUUGCAGAUGUUAGGUUCAAGUGGUAGUAACAGUAGCAGUCCUGUUGGUUGUGCAUCAAGUGCAGGAAGGUAAUCUGACUGUGCACUUCACCAUACACACACACACACACACAUGCAUAUAUAUAUAUAUAUAUAUAUAUAUAUAUAUGUGUGUGUGUGUGUGUGUGUGGAGAUGUAUGUAUGUGUGUGCAUACACACCCACACAUAUGCAUGUUUGUAUUUGUAUAUGUUUGUAUGCAUAUAUGUAUCUGUAUGUAACAUAUAUGUAUUAAUGUAUGUUAUAUAUAUAUAUAUAAAUACAUGUGCAUAUAUAUGUAGAGCUAUUUGUGUGUGUAUAAAUACAUGUGUGUGUGUGUAUGUAUGUAUGUAUAUAUGCAUACAGAUGUGCACAUACAUAUAUAUGUGUGUGUGUGUGUGUGUAUAUGGAUUUAAAAAAAAUAUCUGAUUCUCUCCUAUUAUUAAAUCCUGACACAUUUAGCCAACAAAUAUCCCACUGAUGUCUUUGCUGGGAAAGCAAAACCAAUUUGGAAAGACUAUGGAGAAAAAAAAAACUGAAACAACAAACCAACAAAAAAAAAAUGAAAACAACUAAAAAAAAAAACAAUUAUAAAACAUACCAAAAAUAUAUGAACUAUUUAUUUGAAAGGUUGUCAGCACCCCCCUCACUUCCACAUUGUGCAGUUGUUAUUUUUAUUAUUGUCAAUGAGUUUGUUUUCUAAACACCAUUUGUCAUUUCUGGUGAUGCUACUUUGAUUGUUGCCCACACCUCUUUUCUCAAUUUACUGACAAUCUACCUUAACAUUAGAUGCAGUCCACCACACAUACAACUUUUCAAAUUCCCAUUUUAUAUUGGACAUUUUAACUAAUUUGUUUUGUAUUUGAUGCCUGAAUGGCAGUUAUUUAAAUCUUACACACUAUUUGCCAUACAUGUACACUUACAUGUAUGAACUGGUUGUCAAUUAUAACAUAUGAAAGAAAAUUUUCUGAAAACAAAAAAACAAAAAAACAAAAACAAACUGUUCAUUGUCGAAAUAUUAAAUUUUACAUGUUGGACCCUGUAUACUGUUGAAAUAUUGCAGCAUCACCUGGCAUGAUCUUGACUCAAGUUUAUCAGAAGAGUUCCCUUAUCCUUUGCCAUUAGCUACUUUAAACUUUUAUUCCACCUGCUGGCCAGGUGUUUUUAGUAGCUUUCCUUGGGUGAAGACAGUCCGUGUACUAGUCUACUCUUUCUGUUUAACAAUGAGUACACGCAAAUAUAUAUACAUCAAACAAGUAAGCCCAUACAUGCAAACACAUUGUGGUUAUGUUUCUGUGAGCAAACAAUCUUGUUUCAGCCUUGGAAUAAAAUGAAUAUAAACAAA